AUGCUCUCGUGGGACAGCACGGUGGCGGCCUACGCCGAAGGCUACGCGGAGAAGAGGAAGGGCGAUUGCCGGAAAGUCUCCUCCGGCGGACCGUAUGGCGAGAACAUCUUCCAAGGCGGCACAGGCAUCAGCUGGACCGUCUCGGACGCCUUGUUCUCCUGGCUCGGAGAGAAGCAGAAGUACGACUGCGCAAGCAACGCGUGCAAGGAGGGGCAGGCCUGCGGGGAGUACACCCAGCUUGUCUGGGCCAACUCAACCAGAGUUGGUUGCGCGAGCGUAACCUGCGAAGGCGGGGGCACGUUCAUCACCUGCAACUACGACCCGCCUGGCAAUAUCGCCGGCGAGCGUCCCUAUUUGGGCUGCGGAGGGCAAGCCGGCGGAACUCCGCCGCCAACUUCCGACAAAGUAAAUGGUACUGCGGCCAACGGAAAUGGCAAUGGCUCAAAUGCAAACAGCAGCAACCCAAGAAGAAAUGGCAGUAGCCCUGCAAUCCUGCCAAUCGUCCUUCCAGUGGUAACAAUUCUUGGUUUAAUCUCAGCUAUAUCAAUUUACAUAUGGAUAAAGAGACCGAGUCCGAAGAAGACACUAUCAUAUACAGCUUGUUCAGAAGAUAUUGAAGAUAUUAAAUCGGUGCUACUGGACCCAUCAGUAAUAAGAACAGCAACGAGUAAUUUUUCUGAAGAAAAUAAACUGGGGGAAGGAGGAUUUGGUCAAGUUUAUAAGGGUAUGAUGCCAGAUGGACAAGAAAUAGCAGUAAAAAGAUUAUCGGAAGGAUCAAAACAAGGCCUUCCUGAGCUAAAAAAUGAGCUGCUAUUAGUUGCCAAGCUUCAGCACCGUAAUCUGGUGAAGUUAAUAGGCGCUUGCCUCGAUGGAGAGGACAAGUUACUUGUGUAUGAAUAUAUCCCAAAGAAAAGUCUUGAUGCCUUUAUUUUCGAUGACGAAAAGCGUGGAAAAUUAGCUUGGGAUACACGAUACAAGAUCAUUUGUGGUAUUGCUCGAGGCUUGGCAUAUCUACAUGACGAGUCCCGUAUAAAAGUUAUACAUAGAGACCUGAAGCCAAGCAAUAUAUUACUAGAAAUGGAUAUGAAUCCAAAGAUCUCUGACUUUGGUUUGGCAAGUGUUUUUGAGGGUGAUCAUACAAAGCAUAUUACAAGAAGAGUAGCUGGAACCUAUGGAUAUAUGGCACCAGAAUAUGCGGUUCUUGGACAUGUUUCAACCAAAUCAGAUGUGUUCAGCUUUGGAAUGAUUAUUCUAGAAAUCGUGACGGGGAGGAGAAACAGUGUAUCGUCUGAAACAAUGAUGGCUGAGCAUCUUUUAACCUAUGUAUGGGAGAACUGGAACAGGGGGACAAAAGCUGAGAUAGUUGAUCCAUCAUUGCACUACAACUAUUCUGAAAGUGAGGUUCUCAAGUGUGUACACAUUGGACUAUUAUGUGUUCAAGAGAGUCCAAGUGAUAGACCCGGCAUCUCCAAUGUGAUCCUCAUGCUUGUUGGAAGGUCUACUACCUUGCCUGCUCCUUCCAGGCCUGCUUUUCUAUUUAGGUUGAAUAAUGAGAACCAUGUCCAUGGUGAUCUCAAUGACCUACUAGAUGACUCGAACAAAUCAAAUCCAUCAUUCAAUAAGUUGACAAUCACAGAAUUCGAACCAAGAUAG